AGCUAGUUAGUUAAGAUGACACUUAAAUGUUAAUUAGUUGUUAGCUGUAGUUAGUGGAAGUAGAAAGUUGGUUAGACUAGUAACUAACUAUAAUGCUAAAGUGUCCAGCUGUGAUGAUCAGUUAAAUCACACUAUAAAUACUUGUAUGUGCCUUUAUAGUUUUAGUUUGAUAUGAAAUAAAUUUCUCUCUUCUAUCUUCUCUCAAAAUGCUUCCGCCAUUAAUGUAGCUUGAGCUUACAAGCUAAGUAUGAAAUCUAACAUGGUAUCAGAGCAGUGUUGACUGGAAUUACACGCUCAAACAAAUAGAUUCUUCAAUUGCGAAUAAGAAAUGGCUGGAAACUUAGAAACAGAACCAGCUGAAGAUCGACAGACUCAGGUAAUUACUGAAAAAAUCAAUAACACACAUCCAUUGUUUGUUCACCCGUCAGAUACUCCAGGAUCGGUGUUGAUUCCCACAAAAUUGACUGGAUCUGAAAAUUACGGGUUAUGGAGACGAUCUAUGACGAUAGCCUUGCAAGCAAAAAGGAAAUUGGGAUUUGUUAACGGGACCUGUAGGAAGGAGCAAUUCGGUACUGAUCUACAUGAAGAUUGGGAGACUUGUAAUGCGAUUGUUUUAUCCUGGAUUAUGAACACAGUUUCUAUGCAUCUUCUCAGUGGGAUUGUGUAUUCGUCAAAUGCACAUCUGGUAUGGGAGGAUCUGAAGGAGAGGUUCGAUAAAGUCAAUAGAAUUCGAAUUUUUCAGUUACAUCGAGAGAUCGCGAUGAUAUCGCAAGGAACUGAUUCUAUAGCUACGUAUUUUACAAGGCUAAGAGAACUUUGGGCUGAAUAUGAUGAUUUGGUUCCCACACCUAGGUGUGAUUGCGUGAAAUCUAGGGAUUACAUUGAACACCUUCAGGGCCAGAGAUUACUGCAAUUUCUUAGUGGUUUGAAUGAUUCUUAUGAGCAAGUACGCAGGCAAUUAUUGCUCAAAACUAUUGAACCAUCACUAAAUCAAGCGUAUGCCAUGAUUAGUGAGGAUGAGAGUCAAAGAUCAUGUCCUUUUCCAGCUAUUGGAGGAAAGAGUGAACAUCUUGCCAUGCAAAUCAAUAGAGGACAACCAUAUAGGGGUAAAAAGCCCUUUGUCAAGUGCGAUCAUUGUGGACGAGGAGGACAUGUAAAAGGAGACUGCUACUGGUUGGUUGGUCGUCCAGAGGAGCAAAAGGGGACUCCUGAUGAUGACUCUAGGAAAAGGAACUAUGCAGCAAACAAUAACAAAAAGCCAUACAACUCGCAAUUUCAGAGACAAAAGAACUUUAAUGCAAAUAAUGUUGUAAGUGAUGAUAGGAGACACUAUGCAACUGAAAAUGAAGGGAGUUGCUCAAUGAAGAAUGGAGCUGGUGAUCAGGUUUUCACAGAUGAACAGUACAAACAAUUGCAGCAGCUAUAUGGGAGAAAUGCUCCUUUGUUUUCAGAUGAACAAUACAGACAAAUUCAGGAGAUGAUGAAUGAUAAGAAGGAACACACAAAUCAGCACAAUCUGGCAGGAUCUUUACAAUGGCAAGGUGAGGGGGAUUGGUAAAGAGGAAGGAAGCUUGUACAUUGUCAAGUCUCAUGAUAUGUGCUCAACCAAUAGUACUAAAUUGUCUUCAGAUAAGGCAAAAGAUACUGAACUUUGGCA